AAGGAGCAAUGGUGCUCGGAACGUCCGGAGACGUCGGUGUUUCGGGAAUCUCGGAGGAGCAAAUGAAAUGCCGGGGAAUAUGAGCAAAGAGGAUGCCCCCAGUCGGAGCACUUGUUUGACUUUCACAAUUGACAACAUCCUGAACCUGAGGCCGCACGAAAGUGGAGAUUUGGACGGUUCAAAGGGACAGAAGGGCAGUGGAUGUAAGAAUGUUUUGGAAGCGCGAUGUGAGGAUGUAUGGGACGUCCGAAGGACGCGUGUCAGCGGCUCAGAGGGGACAGUGAAGCCCAGAGUCCAUCGCGGGGAAAACACACCGCCGCUCACCGCUGGAUCCUGUCCCGGGGCGCAAACCGAGAGUAGCGCCGAGGACGCGCCUGAGCAGCAACAACAACAACAACCGCAACAGACCACUGCGGACACCAAAGCCAUGGUCAAGAAGAAAACACGCACCAUCUUCUCCAAGCGACAGAUAUUUCAGCUGGAGGCGACUUUUGACAUGAAACGGUAUCUGAGCAGCUCGGAGAGAGCGUGCCUCGCGAGCUCUCUGCAGCUCACUGAGACCCAGGUGAAAAUCUGGUUUCAGAACCGCCGCAACAAGCUGAAGAGACAACUGUCCACGGACAUGGAGGGGCCGCUGGCCGCCGACCACUUCACAGAGGCAGGAAAAAACGUGCAAUUACCAACUUAUUAUAAAGACAGCAGCCUGCUGGGUGGAUGUUUAUUACCCAUGCCUUUCCCUGUUGUGUACCCGACGGCAAACGCCGCGCCUUACAUUUACUUCUCUAACACUGGCAAAUACUUUGGCCUCUUUGAUGCAGACUGAUGAGUUCUCCUGGGUGCGUGGACGCUAUGACUUAAUCACCCAACAUUUUGCAUGAUAUGUCUGAUUCUUCAUGUUUUAUUUUUUUGAUUAGUUCUCUGAACAUAUCAACUAAUUCAAUACGUGCAUGCGCCACUUUUUGGUUUAUUAUUAUUAUUAUUGUUAUUAUUAUUAUUAUUAUUGCAUUUCGGAAAGAAAGUUUAUCAACUUGAAAUGUGCAUGCAUUAAAAUCCUCGGAGCAGUUUUACUUUACGCAUUCUGACAGAAUGUACCAUACGAUGAUGUCCUUACAGGAGUUAUGCUGCAUCAGCCUUAUUACCCCGCAAUAAUACUUUCUCUCUGUGUGUGUUCAUUGUUUUUCCUGUGGAGCAACACUUCAUCUGUAUUUAUAUGGCCUUAUUAUUGUUUUGUUUUUUAACUUUUAUCGUGUGUUUUCACUUUCAUAAGACUUAAAC